AUGGAAGAAUGCCGGAAUGAACCUGGUCCGAGUUCUUCCAGAGCUGAAACAUCUUUGGGUAAUGUAAUCCAAAUUUUCGAAGAAAUAGAUGAAGACAUAUUUAUAACGGAAGAGAUCGAGGUACCCACGAGCCCUGCUACGAGUAGACAGGGGUGGUUUGAUAAGAUCAAGAAAGCAGGAAGUGCCAUUACGGAGUCUAUAAAGCCUUCUUCAUCGAAAGAAGGUAUCAAAACCCGGUUAUGGUCUUCAUGGAAUAAUUUCAAAUAUUCUGGAAAAUGGAUGUCAGAUAGAACUAGAGAGUACGAAGCGGAUUCGGAAAUUGUUCUUCUAGGCAGUAUGUACUUCAUAGAAGAAGACGAUGAAAACAUUGGGUUCGAUGAGUUUGUACUGCAUUACUACUCACGCAUUUGGAUUACUUAUAGAACUCAUAUGAAAGCAAUAUGCGGAACAACAUAUACUACGGAUUGCGGUUGGGGUUGUAUGAUACGAACGACCCAAAUGAUGGUGGCACAGUCUAUCUUAGUGGGAAUGCUUGGCAGAGAUUGGAGAUCUCCUAAGCUGAAACAGAGAAUGGGAUUACUGUCAAAAACAAGCGAGGAAGAUGACCAAUCUGAUGAAAUACUGUUACAGAUAACCAAGUUAUUCGAGGAUUGUCCCUCCUCUCCGUUGGGAUUUCAUCGCCUGAUGUGUUUAGCUUUCGAAAACAUAGGUCAGCAAGCUAUAGGUCGUUGGUAUACUCCAUCAGAAAGUGUUUCUUUGAUGAGAAAAGCGAUAAGUACAUCGACAUCUCCUCUGAUCAGCGAUAUCGGCAUUCUGCUGUGUGUAGAUGGAUUAUUGAGUUUGAGUGAUGUCGAGAUUGUCAGUAAGACAUGGACCAAGAAAAUAUUGAUUAUAAUAACUGUUCGAUUAGGAACCAGUGAGCCAAACAAGAUAUAUAUGAAGCAUAUUCAACAACUACUUAAAACUCCAUCUUGUGUUGGAAUUGUAGGAGGGAAGCCUAAGCACUCCUUAUAUUUUUUAGGAUACUAUAAAGAGCAACUCAUUUAUCUCGACCCGCAUGUAGCUAGGGAUUACAUACCAUUACCGGACACUUUGACGAAUGAAAAGCAAAACAGCCCCAUAUUCCAAUUUCAUUGUAAAUAUUUGUCAAUGACUCCUUAUGUGGAUAUUGAUCCGAGCUGUGCCAUCGGGUUUUUCAUUCAAUCUCAUCAGGAAUUCACAGAUAUGGUUGAGACUCUUGAAGCGAGUGGAGUCAUUGAUUUGGAUGUGAAGAAAACGGAGAGCUCAGUUAAGCAAGACCCACUCUUCGCAGUUUUGCUAUCUGACAACCCUAAAUACCGUUUUUACGAGCCAGCAUCAUCUUCGGAUAACUUAGGAGAAGAUGAAGAUUAUGUAAAUCUAUAA